UUUUUUUUUGUCUUUUUUUUUUCUUGUCUUCUUUUUAUAUAUGUUUACAUGGUACAAAUGACGCAUUAUUUAUCACCAUCAUCAUCUCCUUCAACCUCAUCAUCAACAUCUAAAACCAAAACAAGACGAUUUAAACCAUUAAUAUUGUACGAUCAACAACAAUGGAGAUCAUCGGAUACAAAAUCAACAGACAAUGGAUUAAAUCAUCAUCUCACAAGGAUCAAUGAUAUGUUGGAACAAAAUGCGCAGUGGUGGGCUGAACGUGAAGGCAUUCAUCACACAAUGGCCAAAGCUCAAAAAGAAAACGUCAAUACCGUUACUCGUAAAAAAGGAUUCGAACGUGUGGAACAAAAUGAUGAAACAGAGACAGAAGAUGAAGUUAACAGAAUUGAUAUGUUACCAAGCACUAGUACUAGUUCCACAUCAAGUGACAGCAGUAAUGAUUCAAACGAUAGUAUCUCAACUAUCACUACCACUACAGCAGCUCCUUAUACAGCGUCAUCUGUCAUGUCCAUGUCCACUAUGGCGUUGCCAAUGCCUUUGUCUUUGUCGCCAACCAUUACUCCUUUAGAACCAAAAACGGAUAUGCCUCCUCCUCCAUUAUAUCAAUCAAAUCAACCAUCAGGGAAUCCUCGUCUACACCAUCGCCACUCCAUUGGAGGAAUGUAUUAUCACCAGCAAAGAGAACGGCCAAUCACCGCGACAGUCAUGUCUCCACCAAUAUCACCUACCACCACAUUGCCUCCAUUUAUUUCUUCAUCUGAAUCUGUUUCAUCAUCUUCAUCCCAUCCUUCUUACUUUGUUCCACCCACUGAAAUGAUCGAUGACUUGCAUGAUUUUUAUAAUGGAGCAUCGCCAACAACAGCAGCAAUACCAUCAUCAUCUUCAUCAACAACAAAUCAUAUGACCUCUACAGGACUCAAGAAAAGACGUCGUGGAAAUCUACCCAAGCAUGUUACUGAAUUCUUGAAAUGCUGGUUAAUUCAACAUAAAAAGCAUCCUUAUCCUACCGAAAGACAGAAACUGGAAUUGGCCCAACGUACUGGUUUGGCGGUCAAUCAGAUUAGUAAUUGGUUUAUCAAUGCAAGACGUAGAAUAUUACAACCCAUGUUGGAAACCGAACAAAUGAUGAUGCAACAACAACAUUCUUAUUAUUGUCAUCCUGCUUUACAACAACAGAAUUAUCAUCCGCCUGGUUUUUCAUCAUCGUCAUCAGCAUCAUCUUCUUCAUCAUCACCAACAUCAGCAUCAUCCAACUUAUCCAUGAUGGAAGAAAAGAAACGACGACAAUUAGAUAUCUAUGCUUACCAUGGCUUCACUGAAACCACAGAGCAUGAUACAAAACGAUGGACAAUACGACGAACCAAGUUACCAAAUAUUGAAAUUCCAGAAAAAGAUCAACAUAUAUUUGCGUCCGUACCAUGAUGAAGAUAAUAUUUAUUUCACUUAUGUAUAUGCUCUCCCAUUCAUUAUGUAUUCCUCUUUUCACUCUUUUUUCAUUUCCCCAUCAUCUUAUUCAAUUUUGAUACCCCCCUUCUCAGUUAGUUUACCCCACCCCCCUUCUUUCGUUUAUACUAUUAGUUCUUAUUAUUUAUACAAAUAUGAUGCCAUUUUAUGAUCCUUCCUUUUAUUUUUUUUUCUAUUUUGUUAUAAAUAUACAAAUAUAUAGUACCUAUAUAGUAUAGUCAUUUUUCCCCCUUCCUCCUGCCUUAUAAUAAAUAGUCUUUA